UGUUUUGCAGCAUUGUCAGGGAUCCUUAUCUAAAAGAACAUUUAAAGCUACUCAUUGCAUUGUCAGGGAUCCUUAUCUAGAAGAACAUUUAAAGCUACUCAUUGGUACUACAUAUUUUUCGCAAAAGACAUACUGCACCAUUUUUGGAGGCAGUUUUCUUCAAUGCAAGAAUGAUAAUCUUUUGGCUAACACUCAUAUGUUUUGUUCAAGUCCACCCACCAACUUAUCAUCUUAAGCUUGUGUUUACGGUGAUCUUGGCCUCGCUGCAAUUCUCCGCAGAUCGAAUGUUGUUCACUGCAUGGGUAUGUAAACCAGUAGAAGAGUUUAAAUAAGUCGAUCAUAACUAACAAGCUCUAUUUCGGUUGACAUAUAUGCUUUUGGAAUGUGUAUAUCGAAUGAUCUUCAUAUCUCUGAUUGUUUACAUAAUUUGCAUCUUGGUGAUCACAUAGAGAUUCAGUGGAGGAGAAAUAAAGAAUAUCCUUGUGGUCUGUCCCUUUUUCCAUAUUCAUAUAUUCUUCUAAGCUUAAUCUCUAAUACCAUUUUCUUUAAUGAUUUGUUUUGUUUCUGAAGUUGAUGAAUAUGAAGUUGAAUAUCCUUGUUGCUAUUUCGGUAUGAUAGUGGGAGCAUCGACUUCGUCUGAGAAUGAGUGAUGUUCUUCUCUUAACGGCCGAUGAGGUCUGUUGCCGAGCCUAUUGGCAGUAUACAGGAUGCACUUUCAAAGGAUCCCAAUUCACAUUUCUUUCUAGCUUUCUGCACUACCAUUGAUACAAACAAACACGAAGUAUACUGCGAGGCAGAUACUAACGGUGGAUUGUCUAGAGAGCCUUACCAAUUUAAAGUUGCAUAUGACAAGCUUUUAAUUGCAUCUGGAGCCGAGCCUUCAACUUUUGGUAUCAAGGGAGUUAAGGAACAUGCCUUUUUUCUUCGUGAAGUGAAUCAUGCUCAAGAAAUAAGGAAGAGACUUCUUCUUAACCUGAUGCUUUCUGAAAAUCCAGGCAUAUCUGAAGAAGAAAAGAAACGUCUUCUGUACUGUGUGGUUAUUGGAGGUGGUCCUACAGGGGUGGAAUUUAGUGGUGAAUUGAGUGAUUUCAUCACGAAAGUCUUUGUCACUCAAGUUUUAAACUACGUCUUCUGCAUGUCUAAAGUCUUUGUCACUCAACUUUUUAUAUUUAGUUUUGGUUCAGAUUUAUUAGAUAUAUAAUGUACUUAGUCAAUCAUAUACUGAUGCUAUUGUCAUUGAUGUGUAGACAAUAAAAUAAUUUGU